AUCAAUUGAAGUACGAAUCAUUUUACAUUGUGUUCCUUUUAUACAUUACGGCUGUCAUUACUUAUUAGCGUUAUGUUAAAUGUAAAAAAAAAAUACUUAACGUUAUAGUGAACGCUCUUAAAAUGCAUUCUCAUCGAUAUAAAAGCUAUUUUCGUGCUAUGAUGUCAAUAUUCAACGACAUGGUUUAACGAUAUAGUUAUCUAGUCAUAUUUUUUAAUUGUAAAUAACCUUAUCCUUAUUAAAUAUUUUUCCGUAAUAUGGCCAAGACUAAAACAAUCAGUAAAGGCUGCCCAAAAUGUGAACAGCAGGUACCUGUAGCUUGCAAAGCUUGUCCAUGUGGUCAUUCAUUCUUUAAUGCAAGACGAAAUUCAAUAAAAAGUCCUCCUAGUCCUGAUAAUGGAGUAAUGAAAACAAGACGAACCAAUCGAAUCAAGCGUGAGAAACCAAAUUAUUAUGAUGCUUUAGAAUACGAUAAACAAUCAAAAAAGAGUGCAAAAAUCAGAAAAGCAACAGAUGCUGCUAGUGACAUAGACUGUAGACAGUUAAACAAGAAGAAGAAACGAAAGGUAAAAGGUAAAGGGAAAAGUGGAAGCAGUAAUGGAAUAGGAGAUGAUGAUGAUGAAAUGGAAGGAAUCAAUGGUCUAUCACCAGAGAAACAGCUCACAUGCUCUUUGAUACUACAAGAAUUAAAUAAUAAAAUGAGAGUUGUAGCCUGGAAACCGACAUAAUUUUUUUCUAUUGUAUCAUAUUUUGUAUUAUAAGAAAUACUAGUGUCCAUUUUUAGUAGAAGGUAAUCAUUUUAUAUAGAUGCUGGACUAUAUUUGAAAUGCUAUCUAUUCAUUGCAUCAAGGAAAAUUAAGAUAGUAUUACAUAAUGUUAUGCUUGAAUUAAUAGCAUUAAUUAGCAUGAAUUAAUUUAUGGUAAUUUUGAGAUUUAUAAAGUUUUUUGAGCAUUAAUUUGUACAUUAUCUUCGAAAGUAGACAAAUUAAGACUACAUAAGUGAAAAGAAUACAAUUUUUAUUAAAGAUCAUUGUGUUUAAUUACAUCUGUUUGUAUGAAAAAUAUGUAUUUCCUACUAAGAGAUUGUUUCUUUCAUCGUAGGACCUGCCGCAAUUCUUCAUUUUCUACAAAUAAUCAUAAUGUAACAUGUAAAUAUGAAUAAUGUACAUAGUGUUUAUGUGUAAUAUAUAAGACAAAUUACAACUGGAAACCAGAUUCUGUUUUUUAAAA